AUGAAUCCAUCCUCUGUGUCUGAUACAACAGAGACUUUCUCUGUGUCUGACUCAACAGAAACAUCCUCUGCGUCUGAUCCAACAGAAACAUCCUCUGCAUCUGAUACCACAGAAUCAUCCUCUGCAUCAGACCCAACAGAAACAUCCUCUGUGUCAGACUCAACAGAAACAUCCUCUGUGUCAGACUCAACAGAAUCACCCUCUGCAUCAGACCCAACAGAAACAUCCUCUGUGUCAGACUCAACAGAAACAUCCUCUGCAUCAGACCCAACAGAAACAUCUUCUGUGUCAGACUCAACAGAAACAUCUUCUGUGUCAGACUCAACAGAAACAUCCUCUGUGUCAGACUCAACAGAAUCCCCCUCUGCAUCAGACCCAACAGAAACAUCUUCUGUGUCAGACUCAACAGAAACAUCCUCUGUGUCAGACUCAACAGAAACAUCUCCUGUGUCAGACUCAACAGAAUCAUCCUCUGCAUCAGACCCAACAGAAACAUCCUCUGUGUCAGACUCAACAGAAACAUCCUCUGUGUCAGACUCAACAGAAACAUCCUCUGCAUCAGACCCAACAGAAACAUCCUCUGUGCCAGACUCAACAGAAACAUCCUCUGUGUCAGACUCAACAGAAACAUCCUCUGUGUCAGACUCAACAGAAACAUCUCCUGUGUCAGACUCAACAGAAUCAUCCUCUGCAUCAGACCCAACAGAAACAUCCUCUGUGUCAGAAUCAACAGAAACAUCCUCUGUGUCAGACUCAACAGAAACAUCCUCUGUGUCAGACUCAACAGAAACAUCCUCUGUGUCUGAUCCAACAGAAACAUCCUCUGUGUCAGACUCAACAGAAACAUCCUCUGUGUCAGUCUCAACAGAAACAUCCUCUGUGUCUGAUCCAACAGAAACAUCCUCUGCGCCUGAUCUUACAGAAACAUCCUCUCCAUCUGACCCAACAGAAACAUCAUCUGUGCUGGACACAACAGAAUCAUCCUCUGUGUCUGACUCAACAGAAACAUCCUCUCUAUCUGAUCCAACAGAAACAUCCUCUGCGUCAGACCCAACAGAAACAUCCUCUACAUCUGACCCAACAGAAACAUCCUCUGCGUCUGAUUCAACAGAGACAUCCUCUGCAUCUGACCCAACAGAAACAUCCUCUACGUUGGACCCAACAGAAACAUCCUCUAUGUCUAAUCCAACAGAGGCUUCUUCUGUGUCUGAUCCAAUGGAAACAUCCUCUGUGUCUAAUCCAACAGAAACAUCCUCAGUGUCUGAUCCAACAGACACUUCCUCUGUGUCUGAUCCAACGGAGACUAACUCUGUGUCUGGUCCAACAGAGACUUCCUCUGUGUCUGGUCCAACAGAGACUUCCUCUGUGUCUGGUCCAACAGAGACUUCCUCUGUGUCUGAUCCAACAGAGACUUCUUCUGUGUCUGAUCCAACAGAGACUUCCUCUGUGUCUGGUCCAACGGAGAUUUCCACUGUGUCUGAUCCAACGAAGACUUCAUCUGUAUCUGAUCCAUCAGAAACUUCCUCUGUGCCUGAACCAACAGAGACUUCCUCUGUGUCUAAUCCAACAGAAACUUCCUCUGUGUUGGCCCCAACAGAAACAUCCUCUAUGUCGGACCCAACAGAAACAUCCUCUGUGUCUGACCCAACCGAGACUUCCUCUGUGUCUGACCCAACAGAAACAUCCUCUGUGUCGGUCCCAACAGAAUCAUCCUCUGUCUCGGACCCAACAAAGACUUCCUCUGUGUCGGACCCAACAAAAACAUCCUCUGUUUCUGACCCAACAGAAACAUCCUCUGUGUCUAACCCAACAGAAACAUCCUCUGUGUCUAACCCAACAGAAACAUCCUCUGUGUCUGACCCAACAGAGACAUCCUCUGUGUCUGACCCAACAGAAACAUCCUCUGUCUCGGACCCAACAAAGACUUCCUCUGUUUCGGACCCAACAAAAACAUCCUCUGUUUCUGACCCAACAGAAACAUCCUCUGUGUCUAACCCAACAGAAACAUCCUCUGUGUCUGACCCAACAGAGACUUCCUCUGUGUCUGACCCAACAGGAAAAUCCUCUGUGUCGGUCCCAACAGAAUCAUCCUCUGUCUCGGACCCAACAAAGACUUCCUCUGUGCUGGACCCAACAAAAACAUCCUCUGUUUCUGACCCAACAGAAACAUCCUCUGUGUCUAACCCAACAGAGACUUCCUCUGUGUCUGACCCAACAGAGACUUCCUCUGUGUCUGACCCAACAGAAACAUCCUCUGUGUCUGUCCCAACAGAAUCAUCCUCUGUCUCGGACCCAACAAAGACUUCCUCUGUGUUGGACCCAACAAAAACAUCCUCUGUUUCUGACCCUUCAGAAACAUCCUCUGUGUCUAACCCAACAGAAACAUCCUCUGUGUCUGACCCAACAAAGACUUCCUCUGUGUCUGACCCAACAAAAACAUCCUCUGUGCCUGAUCCAGCAGAAACAUCUUCUGUGCCUGAUCCAGCAGAAACAUCCUCUGUGCCUGAUACAGCAAAAACAUCCUCUGUGCCUGAUACAGCAGCAACUUCAUCUGAAAAGGUGUCAACCUCAGAUAAGCCUGAUCAAGUUCAAACCUCACCAAAACCUGAACAGACUGCUCUAAGUACAACAUUAAAACCAACUACUACAGCUAUUCAUCCCGCAACAACUACCAAUAACCCAAAUGAACAAAGAGACUGUAAGAAUGGAGGUUAUGACGAUGGCACUAAAUGUAUAUGCAUCAAGUAUUUUUAUGGAACUUUAUGUGACUAUGCUAAAGACACAUUGGAUGUAGGAAACACACUUAAUGCCACAGUGAAAGUGAAUAUGAAAAUCACAAACAAAUUGUUUCAGAAGGGGAUGGAAAAUAAAUCCUCUCCAGCGUACGGACAGUUUGAGAAAGAGUUCAGAGCUCAGGUAAGAAUUUGA